CUUCACAGUUAGAAGCACUCUUUGAAAUGAUUUCCAAGGUAAGUUGGAAGAACCUUUGUAAAUUUUGGUUUGUUUGCUUACAAUGGCACUAAAAGAUUGUUUUUGAAACUCCUCGCUCGCGGCAAAUCAACCUUGCGGGGGAAGCGCGUUCUUGGUUACCAGAGCACCCCUUCUUCUAAGGGCAAUUAAUUAACCCACCCACCCACCCCCAACCCCUUUUCUUACUUUACAUACGUUCUAGGGCUCAUUCAUUUGGGUCUUAAAUCAGUUCGCGAAACAGAGCAACUGAUGAAAAUACUGAGACUGGUAUGGAUUACUCUACUUCCCGUUGGUUUUGGCAUAAAUCAUUACUACUGUUGCUUAGUGUCUACACUUCCUCUUUCAAGGGAAAGCGGCUGGUUUUUUUAGACCCAUUAAACGGGCAGUUUUUUAAAUUGCGCGUAUAAGUCAAACAGGCGGGGAUCGGGUGCGUUGUUUCGAGCUUGUUCGUCCGUAGACGCGAUUUUUCGGCGAUUUUCUCCUUUUUCCCUAAUGCUACUUACGGGAACCGCGGCACAAAAAUUGAAAAUUCGCUACAAAAUCGAAUGACUUUAAGUUUUAUUCUUUUAAAUUCAAGGGGAGUUUAUGGGGGGAAAAUCACGGACCAUUGGGACCGCCGUUUGGUGGAAAUGCUAGCACAUCACGUGAUCAAAGAAACAGCCCUCCAACAGCACUCGUCCCUUAGUGUGGGUACUGUGAGUCUUCCUGUACCACUAGCCAAUGUAGACCCGUGUGACUACAGUAAAUGGUUUAACGAGAAGACUAGCACAGAUGGCGCAGACGUAAGUGCUGUCAGGGCCCUGGAACUAGACGUUAGUGUAGAACGAGAAUACAACGAGUCACUGUAAGAUCAGCGUUAAAUUUUCAGCGAUAAUGGAGGUUUUCUUCUUUAGUGUUGUGGGUGAUAAUUAACUCGUUAAUUUUUGAGGCAGAAUUCCCUGCUAUCAGAGGCCCGCUUGUCCUCUUUUCCUCCCGCCUUCCCAAUAAAACGGAACAGAGGUCUCUCUUAGCAGGGAAUGGGCAGAAUUCCUGCGUUAAGAUUUUUUCAUGUGAAAUUACAAAAUUGCUAUGGCAACGUUUCCUGCAUCUCUUUUCCAAAAUGGCGUCCAGAUUUAAAGGUGCUACAUAUGAAGAUGCCAUAGCAUUAAAAAAGGCUGCAGAAACCUAGACGGCGAAAAAGUACAAUUAUAAAUAUCAUGAAUGAGGGCUUUUUGUCGAAAAAUUCAGAAAAAUUGUACACGACUUAGAGGCUGCUAACCUUAACUUACAAAACAUGGAUGCGUGUCUGUUUGUAUCUCUUAAACCUUGGAAAGUUGCAGAGAUUAAAAGUAAAGUUUAAGUGACACAGUGUUUCUUUUACAGUGCCUCGAAGUUCAUUCGCAAGCUUGAUAAACUUCACUGCGACAUUAACCAGACAACCGCUUUGAUCCAAGAACCUUCACCGGAAAACAUGAUCAACAUGCCCCGCGUGCGGGCAGCUAUGGACUUAUGCAUCGAACAACUUCUCACACUGCUAAAAAUAGAACAGGACGAGGCUGUUUCUGUCACUCAACUUCUCCCACGUGUGCUUUCUCAACUGCGUACCUUGUCGGUUUAUUCCGAGACUGGCAGCUCUGUUGGAGGGGAG